GACUCCAGUGCUUGUUAUUGAUUAUUAUUAUUACACACCAUGCUGUCUAACCUUCACAUUCGGCUGCGGAAGAGAAAGUAGAGCCUCUGAAAAACAGGAGAACGGCCAGUGACAGCACCGACAUGGUGGCGUGAGUUAUUAUUAGCCACGGGUGUCUCGGCGGUGAGUAGCCCAGGACCCGCGUCACCGCAUACGUCACCACGUGGCUUUCACAAUUGGGACCCUAUGAUUGAGAAUCGGGUCACUUUUACGUCCCGAAUGAGAGUUUCUCACGAUUCCCGUUUCUCAUAAGGUCAUCUGAUCCGUCGUUUGGGAGAAUCCGGUGACGCCGGCCCAAGCCUGAAGUUUGAUGCGUGUCUAUUCGUGGUGUUACGGUAAAGAGCAGAAAAAGGCUGAAAACCAAUGUGUAAUGACUCUUAUUAUGGACGUUUGAUAAAAAAAACAUAAUCAAAGUCAAACGUAAUGGAAUAUUAAAUGGAGGUUUUUCUUAAAGAAAAGUCAGGAGAACUUCCGUUGUGGCACUAAUGCUUACUUUAAAAAAAUCCUUGUGGGGUGAAGAGAAUUCCCCCUCCACACACUAUUUUUCAGGGUGAACCCCACUGUCAGUAUUUCAAGUUUCAAGUAAUUUUACAAUACACAAUUAGAUACAAGUAAACGUGGAAGUGAGCUAAAUUUUCAUUAUGGCAUUCAUAGCUUGCUCUUAUAAAACAUUAUAAAAAAAAAUGUUGUUCAAAGGGAAAAUCAUCUAAAGACAGAAAGAAAGAAAGACAGAAAGAAAGAAAGAAAGAAGUUAAGAAGGGGCUCUUGAACACAUAGAAGUUGGAAGCUUUUGUUUCGAAAGAGCGGUACCGGAAGUAGUCACUGGGAGCGGAAGCGGGUGGCGCAUGCGUGGUUGAUCACUUGGAGCAGAGAGAUUCCAGCAUGGCCGCUAUCGGGGUUCAUUUCGGCUACACAUGCGCCUGUGUGGCGAUAUUUAAGGAUGGGCGGGCUGACGUGGUGGCCAACGAUGCCGGAGACAGAGUUACUCCGGCGGUGGUGGGCUACAGAGAGACAGAGCAGAUUGUUGGCAUCGCAGCAAAGCAAGGACGAGUCCGCAACGCCGCCAACACAGUUGUUAAAGUGAAGCAAGUCCUGGGGAGAAGCUUUGAUGAUCCAGAGACACAAACUCACAAAACAGAGACCAAGUGCCAGGUGGUGAACAAAAAGGAUAAGCCUUAUUAUGAGAUCACAGCAGGAGAUCAACCUGUGUAUGCUGCUCCAGAGGACGUCGCAAAACUCAUCUUACACAAAAUGAAAGAAACGGCUCAGUCCGCUCUGGGCUCUGAUGUAAAUGAAGCGGUCAUUACCGUCCCUUUUGAGUUUGCACAUGCUCAGAAGCGUGCUCUGAGGGAAGCAGCAGAAGCUGCCGGGUUCCAUGUCCUGAGGCUGAUCCACGAGCCUGCCGCUGCUCUGCUGGCCUACAACAUCGGCCAAGAAAACCACUCUGGAAAGAGCCACGUCCUGGUGUUUAAGCUGGGCGGGACGUCGUUGACCGUGACAGUGAUGCAGGUCAACGGAGGAAUGUUCCAGGUUCUCAGCACCCACACAGACCACAGCAUCGGAGGAGAGAGCUUCACCGAAGCUCUGGCCCAGCACUUGGCUGCAGAGUUCAAACGCACCUAUAAGCACGAUUUGAGCAGCAACGCCCGGGCCAUGAUGAAGCUGAUGAAUGGAGCCGACAUGGCCAAACACUCUCUGUCCUCGCUGGAAUCAGCCAACUGCUUCGUCGACUCCUUGCACGACGGCAUUGACUUUGAUUGCAACAUCUCGAGAGCUCGAUUCGAGCUUCUCUGCUCAUCACUCUUCAACAAGAGCAUCCAGCCAAUCAGAAGUCUGCUGGAGAAGGCAGGGCUCUCCACCAGCAGCAUCAACCAGGUGGUUCUUUGCGGCGGCUCGGCCAGGAUCCCCCGCCUCCAGCAGAUGAUCCGCGACAUGUUUUCUGACGUGGAGCUUCUGUGCUCGGCGCCUCCUGAUGAGGUCAUUGCGGUGGGAGCAGCGCUGCAAGCAGGCUUACUGGUCGGCAGAGAGAGACUUGCCCCCGAGGAAGAGUCCGUCACAGUGGACGUUUCUGCCACAGACAUACUUGUGAAGGAGGUGGAUGAAUCCGGAGCGGAGCAGUUCACUGUUCUUCUUCCAUCCGGCACGCCGCUCCCCGCCCGCAGACAUCACAUCCUGAGCGCAGGGGGGAAACUGUCCUCCCUCUGUCUGGAGAUCUACCAGAGAUUGGUCACGGAGCAGCCUGAAAAACUAGCUAAGAUUAUCUUGAGAGACCUGCAGCCCACAGAGGAGAACCACGACAUCGACACCGUGGUGACCAUGAAAAGGGACGGAUCCCUCCAUGUUUCCUGUGUAGAGCAGAGCACUGGACGCACCGAGGCCGUCUCCAUCGCGGCUUCCUCCUGAAGCCACUGAACUUCAGCCCAAGCACACAUAUUAUUUCAGUGUAGCUGCGACAUGUUUCUUUUUUAUUUUCACUCAAUAAACAUGAUAAAAAGCCCAA